ACUAAGGUCAGAGGUGUCAUUCGGUGUUUAACCAGCAAGCAGCCGAAGGAAGCGGAGGAGACUCAUCCAGGAAGGUGCAGGAAACAAGCGGCUACAGCAGCGACAGCAGCAACAACAGCAGCAACAUGAGUCUGUCCAACAAACUCAACCUGAACAAGGUGGACGUGAAGGGGAAGCGCGUCAUUAUGAGGGUCGAUUUCAACGUCCCCAUGAAGGACAAGCACAUCACAAACAACCAGAGGAUCAAGGCGGCCGUUCCCACCAUCAAACACUGCCUGGACAACGGGGCCAAGUCCGUCGUGUUGAUGAGCCACCUUGGCCGCCCUGAUGGAAACUUCGUGCCUGAGAAAUACUCCCUGCAGCCCGUCGCUGCCGAGCUCAAGACCCUGCUUGGAAAGGACGUGACCUUCCUGAAGGACUGUGUGGGUGCAGAGGUGGAAGCUGCCUGCGCUAACCCCGCCACCGGAUCAGUUAUCCUGCUGGAGAAUCUCCGCUUCCACGUCGCUGAAGAGGGAAAAGGCAAGGAUGCCUCAGGAAACAAGACCAAGGCCACCCAGGAGCAGAUUGAUUCCUUCAGGGCAUCUCUGUCCAAACUGGGAGAUGUUUACAUUAACGACGCCUUCGGCACAGCUCACAGAGCCCACAGCUCCAUGGUGGGAGUCAAUCUGCCUCAGAAGGCCGCUGGUUUCCUGAUGAAGAAGGAGCUUGACUACUUUGCCAUGGCUCUGGAGAAACCUAAGAGGCCCUUCCUUGCCAUCCUCGGAGGAGCGAAGGUGAAAGAUAAGAUCCAGCUGAUCAACAACAUGUUGGAUAAGGUCGAUGAGAUGAUCAUUGGUGGAGGCAUGGCCUUCACCUUCCUCAAAGUCCUCAACAACAUGGGGAUCGGUAACUCCUUGUACGAUGAGGAAGGGGCUGGCAUUGUCAAAGACCUGAUGGCCAAAGCUGAGAAGAAUGGGGUCAAGAUCACGCUGCCCGUCGACUUUGUCACCGCUGAAAAGUUUGACGAGAAAUCCCCCGUUGGCACCGCCACCGUUGCUGCAGGCAUUCCCGCUGGCUGGAUGGGUUUGGACUGUGGACCAGGGAGCAUUAAGGCCAAUGCGGAGGUGGUGGGCCGGGCCAAGCAGAUUGUGUGGAACGGCCCGGUCGGUGUGUUUGAGUGGGAAAACUUUGCCAAAGGGACGAAGAGCAUGAUGGACAAAGUGGUCGAGGUGACCAAAACUGGGUGCAUCACAAUUAUCGGUGGGGGCGACACUGCCACCUGCUGUGCCAAGUGGGGCACAGAGGACAAGGUCAGCCAUGUCAGCACCGGAGGCGGUGCCAGCCUGGAGCUGCUGGAGGGUAAAGUCCUGCCCGGCGUGGAUGCCCUCAGCCAUGCCUAAACUUUCCAUCAGCUCACUGGUGUGUGUGAGAGUGGGUGUGUGAGAGUGAUUGUGCGAAAGGUGUGUAGCUGCUCAGUCAGAUUCCUGUUUACUCCUGAAACCUUCCCCACCCUGCAAAAACACCCACCUGCUUUCUCUGCCAUUUCAUCUCGUAUUCAGGCUUUGUGUUUAAAGUAAUGUCAGCUGUGAUUCACGGAGGAAUCAUUUCCUUUGCCUCUAAUCCAUCGAUGAUGGCUGUAACAAGUAGAGCCCUCUGCCUUAUUUUUCAGAAUUAAGACUAAAACGGAUCAAAUGGCUUGUUGUGGAGGAAGUAGUUAUUUUGCUCAGGUGAUACAUUUCCCUGUUGACCUACCGAAAGUACGACUGAAACAUCGAAAGUGUUACUGUCACAGGGGUGUCAGAGUUCUGCUUUACUUCUCUGACUCGUCUGGAGUACUGCUGUGUUUCUUAACAAAAUCAUCAGUGGAGUCGUCGGUUCACCUCCGAGGAACUUAAACACUGGCUCUUGAGUGUAUGUGUGCGUAUGAAUGUGUGUAUUGCUGCGUCACUUUUCCAUAGCUGCCCCGGAACAUCACUGCACCUCCUUUGACAACGUGGUAUACAUUCGGUAUAUAUAUAGAAAUGGUUAAUGUGUGUGUACCUUGACGUUCAUAUUUUCUGUCUGUUCACACUGAUGUUGGCUCGGUUCUCGUCUUCUCUGGCUGUUGGUUUGAGCAGCGUCGGACUGAGAUGUGUCGAUCUCAGCUGAUCUGUUCAGGUUAAUAAAACCGUUUCUGUGUAAAA